UUCCCACGGCAAUUUUCUCAGUAGCUAAGCAGACAAGAGAAACAAGUACUACCCUUUUCAUUCAAAGUAGUUAUUCGCGUCAAAGAUUCUAGCGUACUCUUCUUUUUUCCUUCAACAGCGUCUGAAAAUGAGCCGAGUUGCUGACUCAAUAACCCAUUGGUUUAGUUUCCCAGAAAACAUCGAAAAAUUCAUGUUCCCCUCACGGACUCAUGACACUCAGGAGAACCAGAGUAAGAGCAUACCAGCCGACAUUUUGGACACACCCAGGGAAUUCAUUUUCUACUUCGAUGUUCCAGGCUUGUCCAAGUCGGAUAUCCAGGUUACUGUUGAAAAUGAGAACACAUUGGUGAUUAAAAGUGGUGGGAAGAGGAAACGUGAGGAAGUUGAAGAUGAAGGGUGUAAAUACAUCAGGCUUGAAAGGAAGCCACUCCAGAAGCUGGUGAGAAAGUUCCGGUUGCCUGAGAAUGCCAAUAUGUCUGCUAUUAUAGCUAAAUGUGAAAAUGGGGUUUUGACUCUGGUUGUUGAAAAGCUUCCCCCGCCACCAAAGCCUAAAACAGUGGAAGUUGCCAUAGCUUAAAAGAAGGGCUAUUUUUUUUGUGGGAAACAAGGAGUUAUCGGCAUUUCCAUUGAAAACUCGAGGAAUCAAAUAUUGUUUGAUGCAUCUAGAUGUCAUCUGUGUUUUCACUUGAAAUUUAAUGUAAUUCGGUAGAUUUGUGCCA